AGUAUGAUCAGUUUGUAAUAGUUUGCUUUCAAUCUCACACAUUUUCACAAGAUAUUUCAUUAUGGAAGAAAUUGAUUUCAAAGUUCAUGAAAAUAAAUUAGAAAAAGUUCUUAAUAUAAUUCUGCAAGAAAAUUUUAAAGCUUCAGAUGAUGUUUAUUUAGAAAAGAUCAUUUCUCAUCUAUCAGGAAAAUUCAAUGAAGAUCUAGGUAAGCACCUGCUUCAACAACCAAUUUGUUGCCAAUGGAUCAAAAACGCAUUACAAAACUGGCAAAGUGUUCAACCACAUCACAGUAUAGUUGCAUUUUGCAUAAAAGUUGCAUCCUUAAUAGUUCAUGAUCGUAAAUACUUUGAAUUUCUAAAUGAAAAUAAUUUAAUAAGUGAACUUGUGAAUUUGGCACACAAGUUUGAAGCUCGCAGUCCUCCAGUAAAAUUAUCAUAUGUACUACUUCAAAAGGCUUUGAUACAAAACGAAGAAGGUUUAAAAUUUGUAUUCAAUACAGGAAUGUGGAAAGAUAUUUUGAAUUACUCAAACCAAAAUCAGACCAUUUAUGUGGUUAGGGAAUCACACUUAUAUAUUUAUAACCUACUGUUACUGACAUAUCGAGAAUCAGAUGACCUAUUGAAUUAUAAAGAUAUUUUGAAAGUUGCUUUGGAAAGCAUUAUGCAAAAAGACUGGAAUAAAGAUCAGACUGUAAUGCCAAUUGAAAAUACACAUUUGUAUAAAACUUUAUGCCCAAAAUUAAAUUUAUUAAAUUUCAUUCUCGAGCAAGCUUUAAAACAUAAUGAAAUGGAUGAAGUUAUUAGAUAUAUAUUUACUGAAUACAAAUUAGAAUGGCAUUAUUGGAAUCUCUUAAGCGUUACCUUUGAUGAAGUUUUAUUAAAAGUAGUUAUAAGAAUGAUAGUCCUUGUAAUUUUCUGUAAAUUAAGAUUUGGAACUGAACCUGGUCAUAAUGAAAUCUCUAAAGAUGACUUACAUGACUUCUAUGCCAAUUCAUAUAAUAUAAUAAAUAUCAUUAUAGUCACAAAGCGAUUGCCACUCAGAGUUUUGCAAAUUUGUGAAUUGUAUCACUUGUUUUUGAGUUAUAUUAAAAAGAACUGCACAGAAAAGGAAUUACUAUUGACAAAAUGUGAAAAAAGUGGAGAACUAGAAACCCAAAUAAAUCUUCUACAAAUAACUCCUAUAUUGUUAGCAAUCAAAUCAUCUAAUUAUGAUUCUCACAUAUUUUUUGAAGAGUUUAUUGUAAAAUUAUUCAACAUUGCCGGUGAACACACAACUAGACUUAUAUACGCUUUUCGUGAUUCACUAAAAGGACAUUUGGCAUUAUAUGAUGUUGCACACCAAGCUAUUUUAUCCUUAUUAUCGACCAAGAGUUUGCUAGCUCAAGAGAGAGUUAUUAUAAUUUUUCAGGCUUUAGUUUACAUAUUAAAGGACUUUGCGCCUGAAGCUUCAAUUUUUCCAGUACCGGAAAAUUAUAUUGCAAGUGAAAUAAUUGCUCGGGCACCACAUCUAUUGGGUACUAUUUUGACCGCAUUAUGUACUUUGAUUAAAGAUUUUAAAAUUUCUUGGUUUGAAUCUAUUGAAAGUACUGCAAUUCAUAAAUUCUGCUUAGCUCUUUUGGCCAAUGUGAAUCUAACAUCUAAACAUCAAAUUCAAGCUCUGCAGUUGACUCAGUUGGGAAUUGAAAAAUAUAUGGCACCAACAUUAGCUUUGUUAUUAAAUAAAAUGGAAUGCUCAGGACUUGAAGAAUUAGGUCCUACAAUUGCUAAGAAGUUACAUGACCCUCAAUGGGAAGUUAGAGACAGUGCUUUAGAAUUGCUUCAAAGUGUUGCAGAAAUGGCAAAAUGUAAAUUUCCAAUAUUUCAAAAUCAUUUAUUAUCAUCGAACUUGGUUAAUUUAUCAUGCAUUGUUGCGCAGUCUGAUAUUGAACCUUAUGUAAGGGCCAGUGCUUGGAAAUGUGUUAAAAUUAUGUUAAGGGUGAAUCUAUUUUGGACAGAAUGCCUACAACAGCAAGAUUUACAGAAAAAGUUAAUACAGGUGAUAAUGGAUGAUGCUGAACCUAUUGUUCGGCAAGAAGCAAUGGCAGUAUUGGAGCAACUUUUAUCAAGAUUAAAUGUGGUACCCCAAGACAUUUUUAAUGUCAUGAAAUAUGUAUCAGUACACGAUGUGCAUUGGGAUGUACAAGUUAGUGCACUAUCCUUCUGGAAAGCAGUAAUACAAAAAGAAUUUCAUAAUCAAGGAAUGAUUGAUGGAUCAUUUCCACAAGUUACAUUCUCAAGAGAGAGCCACAAAAUUGUUAAUUUAGAUGAUGCAGAAAUUAAAGCGCGUUUGAUAUUGGUUCUGAAUUCGUUAUCAGAAAAGGGAUGUUUUGACGUUUUUCUCAGUUGUCUUAACGAAAAUAGUGAGCUAAAGGUACUUCAAGAAGUUUCUGAAAUUAUAAAAACUUUAACAGAUAUUUUGACAAAAUACAACUUUUCAGUUUCAUUAGUUAAAAAUUACAAAAUCAAUUGUGAUUCUCAACAUUCUCCUGAUUUUGAAAUCAAUAAUGCUGAAAUUUCAGAAAAUAAUAUAUCAGACAAGGAAACUCCAGAAUCUAUUAUAAACUCUAUCGUUGAUCUUGAUGAUAUCAAUCUUUUAACAAAUAGUACUGUUACAGCUUACGAAUUUUUGAAGUAUUUAGAGACAUUCCAAGUCGAAGAGAAAAUUCGAAUCAAAGAAAGUUGGUUGGUUAAAUUAGGGAAUGACUUCGAGAACUUGUUAGAUGAUAUCAUUUCAUGCCACACUGACAAAUGUGGUUCCAAUGAUAUGGAUUGUUACUAA